AUGACUGUGCUACAAAACACGACUUGGAGAACUCAUGGAGCGCGUUCUGUUUGUAUUGUCGAGAUUGGAGGAGAUUACCGUGGAAUCUGUGUCGAACUGCAGAGUCACCCGGUCUCUUCCCACGGCUUCCAGCAGUCGGGGCCUUACAGCAUUUUAGCUUCCAGGAACAUCCUGAUGAUGGAGAGGAUCUGUCAUACGUCUUCUUUUGGUGCACAAGUGAACCCGGCUGUUAGUAUCGCAAUGGCGUUGACAAGGCAUAUCUCUUUUCUGAGAGGUAUAAUGUUCGUGAUAUCGCAGUGUGGAGGAGGUAUUGCGGGUGCUGCAUUGCUUUAUGGGUUUUCUUUUCCCUUUUUAUGUUCUAUUUCGGGGAAUCCUCUCCAGAGGAAUUCCUUUAUCCAGGACCUCUCCCCGAAGACGAGAACUCCUCCCGAAGAUCAACUACCUGGAAGCGACGACAGAGCGGAUGAAAGUGACACCAGAGGCCGUGAGAGGGGUCAGAGGUUCCCACGCUGGGUAUCCUAG